AUGCCUCUGCGAGGAACUGGACAUGGAAAACUUGUUGGCGACGAGGCACCCUACUUUGAGUCUCUGGCCGAGCUUGAUCAGUGGGCUAGUCUCCCUCACGAAAAGUUAAUGGCUGUCUUGGAGUACCAGGCCCGUCCUCAGUUUGCAGAAUCAUUGAACCGGAAAGGGAAGCUUUUGGGAGGGUAUACAGAAUCUCCUUCUGGCUUGUGCUAUACAUUCAAUUUUUGGCCUUUAUGUGACACAUUCGUAUACUUCUCGCAUCACAGAAUUACUGUUCCUCCAUCAGGAUGGAUCAAUGCUGCACAUCGACAAGGGGUUAAGAUGCUCGGAACAUUAAUAUUUGAGGGAUCUGGAGAAGCUGAUUGCCUCCGGCUGAUAGUUGGAUGUCCUCAGGCGGGCGCAGGCCCAACUUUACGUACAGAUUCGAUCCCCAUGUCAAGACACUAUGCCUCAGUUUUAGCAGAGCUUGCUCGUCAGCGCGGGUUUGAUGGCUAUCUCCUGAAUAUCGAAUGCCCGCUUCGAGGGGGCCCGGAACAAGCGCGGGCGCUUGCUGGAUGGAUUUUACUUUUGAGAUCCGAGCUUGUAACCAAAGUUGGUUCCCAUGCCCAAACUAUUUGGUACGACAGUGUGAUAUUCAAUGGCCAAGUGAGGUGGCAGGAUCGAUUGAACAGCCUAAAUCUGCCAUUUUUCCUCUCGUCUGAUGCAUUGUUCACAAACUACUUUUGGCCGCCAUCUUUUCCAGCUCUCACUGCCCAGUAUUUCAUGAGCUUGGAUCCAGCGCUGAUCAGUGAUGAUGCGAAGAGGUCUUCUAUUUCCUCCAUCAAGUCUCUUCAAAGCAUCUUUACAGGUGUUGAUGUCUGGGGCCGAGGAUCGCACGGUGGAGGAGGAUUCGGUUCCUACAAGGCCAUGACACAUAUCGAUCCCCAAUCACUUGGCCUGAGUGUCGCCCUUUUCGGGCAAGCGUGGACAUGGGAGAGCGAACAAGACAAGCCUGGAUGGAACUGGGACCAAUGGUGGGAAUAUGAGCGCAAGUUAUGGAUCGGUCCCGCAGACCCUCAAGAGGUGGUCCCCGUGCCUGAUACUCCUAGGCGUCCAGGAGAGCCUGAAUGUCCUCACGAUCCGUUCAAGCCAGUAUCGUCAUUCUUCGUACACGCCACCCCUCCUGACCCCGCCCAGCUGGUUUUUUACACGUCGUUCUCUCCAGGAGUCGGGCGUUCGUGGUUUGUCGAAGGCGUGAAUGUUCUUCGGACAGUGGACGGUUGGACUGACGUCGACAAGCAAAGUUCCAUUGGGAAUUUAGUGUGGCCGCGACCAUCUGUGAUGUGGGAAAGUAAUGAUCGUCCAGAAUCACUCCCUUUAGCGUCAUCCAUGUUGGAUAUGAGCGACGCAUGGAAUGGAGGGAAUACCCUUAAAGUUUCCAUUUCUUGUGCUGGCAGUACGGCCGAUGAUGCAAUGUUUCGGUGCAUCUGGCUCCCUGUGCAGUCGUUGAAUGUGACCUCCCUUGUGUCAUAUGACGUUAACAUCGUUUACAAAACUGUCGCUUGUGAGGGGACCGACCUUGACCUUGGACUUUUCGUAAAGCCGUUGAUGGAGGGUAGCGGAGACCUCCCAGAGGUCAAUGUCGGGGCAUCCACUCAGUCUUAUCUCAAGAACGGUUGGACCAGACAAGUUCUUAGCUUCUCGCUGCCCCCCGACGUAGUUAACGCGUCGAUUGCCAUUGGCUUGAUCAUCGGUUUUGUUACCGAAGAUCCAUCUCGACCACUUGAUUUUUCAGUCUCGUUAGGUCAACUUGCCGUAUAUUCAUCUUCUUCCACUGCCCGUGCCUCGAAGGGAACCCCCGGGAUUCUGUGGGCUAAAUUCCAAAGCACCAAGCCCCUCACCUCCCCUUCAACUGAUCUCAGCGGGCUUCUCGCCUGGGACAUUACAUCUCUUCUUCCACGUCUCACGUUACAAGCGAUAUCCUCACCAGAAGACCCGAAUCCUGCAUGGAUUCUAGACGAUACCAAAGAACGAUUCCCCUCAUUUCUCUACUUCAAUAUCUACGUUAACCCGCACUCCCUCUCGGGAAGUGUUGCGGAGCCCACGGCUGCGAUGUUCAUUGGAACAACAGGUCUAGAUGGGCGCGCUAAUAGAUUUUAUGUGGAUUCGACGAUUCUGCCGAAAAACGUGAUGGACGGAAGAGGGUUACGCUUUUAUGUACAAGGAGUUUCUGACAAAGGUGAUGUCCUACCAUGGGAGAUGUGUGCGCACGUGGAUUGCAUGUUCGAACUCGGAAGCCGUUGA